AUGUUGCUGUUGGCUGUUGCUGGUCUGACUGGUGCGGUUGUUCCCAACAGGCUGUCUCCCGGUUCCGAUGUCUACGUCACCGUUUCCUCCAUUGCCUUAGCAAGAUCGCAACAGUGUCGUAACUCUCCGAGCAGCUUAUCAUCCUCGAGUGAGACUGGCUCUGCUGGGGGCACAUACAGGCAAAAAUCAAUGCCAGAAGGGUUUGGAAUUAGCCGUAGAUCCCCUGCUUCCAUUGACAGGCAGAACACGCAAUCAGACACGGGUGGUAGCGGCAAAUCCACACCCAGCUGGCAAAGAAGUGAGGAUAGUAUUGCUGACCAGAUGGAACCAACGUGCCACCUCCCAGCAGUGUCUAAAGUACUGCCGUCCUUCAGAGAAAGCCCCAGUGGAAGACUGAUGAGGCAGGAUCCUGUGGUUCACUUGUCUCCGAAUAAGCAGGGUCAUUCUGACAGCCACUACUCCAGCCAUUCCAGCAGCAAUACUCUCUCCAGCAAUGCCUCCAGUGCUCACAGCGAUGAGAAGUGGUAUGACAGCGGAGAGCGCACCGAGUCGGAGCUGAACAGCUACAACUACCUUCAGGGGACAUCAGCUGAUAGCGGCAUAGAUACCACCUCCUACGGGCCGAGCCACGGCAGCACCGCCUCCCUGGGGGCAGCAACGUCUCCCCGCACGGGGCUGACGAAGGAGAAGGUGGCACCGCUGUGGCACAGCUCCAGCGAAGUGGUGUCCAUUGCGGACAGGACAUUGGAGAAGGAGAGCCACAUGGACCGAAAGACCGAGUCUUCACUGAGCCUGGACAUUCACAGCAAGAGUCAACCAGCCUCCAAUCCUCUGACGAGGGAGAACAGCGCUUACAGUCUUAGCGAUGCUGUCUCACAUACAAG